CGGUUAGUGUCGGCACUUGGACUACUAUUCCCAGGGUACACCGAGCGGGGUCAAAGAGGAAAUCGAAGAUGGCGGCCGAUGUGGAGCAUGAGGAAGCGGCUAAAGAAACCGUGAAAACCUUCAAAGAAUUGGGAGUGACAGAUGUGCUGUGUGAGGCCUGUGAUCAACUGGGAUGGAAGACACCAACAAAGAUACAAGUGGAGGCAAUUCCAGUUGCACUCCAAGGUCGAGAUGUCAUUGGUUUGGCAGAGACAGGAUCUGGAAAAACGGGGGCUUUUGCUUUGCCCAUCCUUCAAGCACUGCUAGAGACCCCUCAACGUUUCUUUGCUUUGGUACUUACACCCACCCGGGAACUUGCCUUUCAGAUCUCGGAACAGUUUGAGGCCCUUGGAUCUUCCAUUGGUGUCCAGAGCACUGUAAUUGUUGGAGGAAUUGACAUGAUGGCUCAGUCUCUGGCCCUAGCCAAGAAGCCACAUAUAAUAAUUGCUACCCCUGGUCGUCUGAUUGAUCAUCUUGAGAACACCAAAGGCUUUAAUUUGAGAGCUCUGAAGUACCUUGUUAUGGAUGAAGCAGACCGGAUCCUCAACAUGGACUUUGAGACAGAGGUAGACAAGAUCCUGAAAGUGAUUCCCAGAGACAGGAAGACAUUUCUCUUUUCUGCUACAAUGACUAAAAAGGUGCAAAAACUCCAGCGUGCAGCACUUAAGGAUCCUGUUAAAUGCGCAGUUUCAACUAAGUACCAGACUGUUGAAAAACUGCAGCAAUAUUAUAUUUUCAUCCCUUCCAAGUUUAAGGACAGUUACCUGGUCUAUAUUCUGAAUGAACUUGCUGGGAAUUCUUUCAUGAUAUUCUGCAGCACUUGCAACAAUACUCAGAGGACUGCCCUCUUGCUUCGGAAUCUGGGCUUCACUGCUAUCCCCCUCCACGGACAGAUGAGUCAGAGUAAACGAUUAGGAUCCUUGAAUAAGUUUAAGGCCAAAGCACGAUCUAUUCUGUUGGCUACGGAUGUUGCUAGUAGAGGUCUUGACAUCCCGCAUGUCGAUGUAGUGAUAAACUUUGACAUUCCUACCCAUUCCAAGGAUUACAUUCAUCGUGUAGGAAGAACUGCUCGUGCUGGGCGCUCUGGAAAAUCAGUCACCUUUGUCACACAGUAUGAUGUAGAGCUCUUCCAGCGCAUUGAACACCUGAUUGGCAAGAAGCUGCCUGCUUUCCCCACUCAGGAGGAUGAGGUCAUGAUGCUGACAGAGCGGGUGGCAGAAGCACAAAGAUUUGCUCGGAUGGAACUGCAGCAGCAAGGACACAAGAAGAAACGCUCUCGAGAUGAGGCAGAUGAUGGUGAUGACACUGAGGGAACAAUGGGCGUCAGGAACAAAGUGGCUGGUGGGAAAAAGAAGAAGUGGAAAGCGUGACAUUUCUUCGUGCUGUUUGGUUCCUCAGAUUCUGGGAAGCUCUGGUCCAGCGCCAUUAUCAGAGUGGCUCUCCAUCACAAGAACUCUUCUGCUUGACUAGUCACUUUGCUAGUGGGACACAAUCCAGCAGCCUGGAUAUAAUGCUGAUUUAUUUUAUGAAAGAAGCAUGGGAAACAUGCCUCAGUGUAGUGGACUGCUUAUUACUUCUUCUAGGGUGUGUGUUUUUUUUGUCCACCACUAGGGAGCAGAAGAGAACGUUUGAUUAUCUGCUUCUGGGCAGUGAAUCUUUUCAGUCAAUAAUCACCAAGUUAUGGAGAGAGACUUCCGCAUCCCAUAAUUUAAAAAAUGACAGCAGCAGGGCGGAGGAGAUAGCCCAUUAUGUUGGUUCCAAGAUAUGCAGACAAAGAAGAUGAAACUCUGAAAUGAGUUUCUUGCCUUGGAAGCAAGAAUAAUAAUAAAAAUAUAUGCAUAUUUAAACCAAAGCUAGACUGGUUGCCAUUCCAUGUCUACAUGAUAUAGUGGCAGUGCUGUGCUUUUCCUUCUUGUUUCAAGACUUUGCACUGAUCAGAUUGGUGGUAGUACUCAUCAGUGCCUGAUGCGUUUAUGGUCUAUGCCUCCUUUACCUGAAAAAGAAGUCCUUCCACAAGACAGCAGAUACUCAUGCAUGUUGUCUUUCUCCCUCCUUACUGUAGUUUGGCCCAAGAACAACACUAAGAGGCAGUGUGUGUUCAGGCAAGAUGUCUGACAGACUGCAUGGAGAACAGCUGGUUGAUCGCAGCUUUCCUCCCUCUGUGCUGCUCUGUUUAACAGAAUGAGAGCACUUUAAUAAAACUGGGAGGGCUUUUGACGUGUGUCCUCUUGCUGAAAGACCUUGGGUUCUGUUUCUGUUGCAGCUCGCUGGCUGUAUGUGAACAGUGAAGGUUAAGGUGAUUUCACUAUAAACAGGCCACCCACUCAUAUAACUGAAUGAUUAUCUGGUGACUACAGUGUUUCUAUACUGAGUACAUAGAGCUGUGACAGCAAAACUGUGUCCUACCUGGUACUGAUGCAUGUUUAAUUUUCUGUCUGGUUUUUCAAUCACAAAUGAGAACAAGCCUAACAAUGCAGGACCUACUUCUUAACUUCAGUUAAGUCUGUUUUGAUGGGGAGUGGGGUGCUGUAUAGCAUGGACCUUUGUAUACCAAGUGCCCCCAUGAAGCAGCAGCACUUGCCAAGUUUUGCAUAGGGAUAGAGAUGUACAUUUCUGGAAAUUUUAAAGCUUGUGUGGGGGGAGGAAAUUCUGGGUUUGGUCUAGAAAAACAACAGAUUUUGGGGAAAAAUGUAGUAUGUGUAAUACAUAUUGUCCUACCAAAUCUAAUGUUACUGAUUUAACAACAUAAAAUGUAUCAUUUAUGAUGUACUGACAUCAUUUAUAAUGUUAUUUAACAUAUUUAUAAAUGCCUCAGUUUCCUAUA